UUUGAAUGGAGAGCAAGUCGUGGAGGACUACAACAGUAACAUGAGAGUCUUUUGUGCGGUCCUGCUGGGUGUCUUUUUGCCCCUGCUCUGUCUGCCCAGCUCCAGCCAUGGAGUAUCCUACUUUGGGGAUAGUUUCUGCCGGAUCAUGUCGAUCCAAGAUGUCUCCUCCUUUCACCUGUCACUGCAGUUCAAGACUAGCCGACGAAGUGGACUCCUCAUUCUGGCUGCAGGGAUGCAGGACUAUUUGUUUUUGGAACUCCAAAAUGGAAGAUUACAGGUGCGAAUGGACCUGGGGUCCGGUGAAAUGGUACUGUUAUCAUCUCCAGGGCUGCAACUGAACAACCUCCUGGAGCACAAGAUCUCUAUCACAAUGAAGGAGACUAAACUCACCAUGCUGAUUGAUGAUUUAUUCUCUACAUUUAUCCCUGUGGCUGACACCCAGGCUGACCUCAAUAUUGACUUGGGGGUUUACCUGGGGGGAACAGGAGAUUUAGAAACCUCAUAUCUCAGCAAUGCCAUACCUCCAUUCCGGGGUUGCAUGACCAAUGUUAAGUUGGAGUCCCACCAGUUCAACAUUCUUGCCUCAGAACCCAUCGAGUGCCAUGAUACAAAAGAGUCCUGCAGCAGUGAGUUUGAAGCCGGGGACGGAGAGGCAACUAGCUUUAUCAGCCCCUAUUCAUUUGUGUCCUUUCCCACUUGGAUUGGAGUUAGCGAUAGUGGAAGGACCUUGGAGUUUCUCAUGAAGACCACCAUCGAGGAUGCCCUACUCACCUUCCACCCUGGACUGGAGUCAGACUUUAUAGCUGUUGGUAUUAUGGGCAGUUACCUAAAAGGAGUGGUGGACCGUGGUACUGGGAUGGUAGUUCUAGACAACCCCAAAGUACAGCUAGGUGACGAUCAAUGGCACAGAAUCAGAGUCACAGUAAAUGCAACUGUAUUUGAGAUUAACGUGGACAGCCAGUUUGCCUCUCUCACUCUAAGCGGUUCAGAGCAAUUGGAUCUAGUCGGAAAUCUAUAUUUGGGAGGUAUCCAGGGCAAGAUGAAAGAGGUAUUUCGCGAUAGCAGCUUGUCUCGUAUGGAGGAGGAAAUAACAUCUGAGAGUUUUAUAGGAUGUUUUGGGGACAUCAAAGUGGAUCAAAAGGGCAGAAGCCUGCAGGAUGCUUUGGUCACCAAAGAUGUCCAUGUGAAAUGUGAGGGAGAGGACUAUGACUACUCAAGUUACUAUGAUUUUGAGGCAUCCACAACUACGUCUCCUGUUCGAACCCGAUAUGUCCAUGUAGACUCUAACGAAAAACAUUGCCAUCCAACAGAAGACACACCAGUGGCAUUCCAGAACAUUACAAAACUCCUUGAAGUCAACCCAUUGUUUGUUCCUGAAGGUGGGGAAGUUGUUCUUGACAUUAACAACCUCAGGCCUACCUUUGACCUUAACACUGUAGGAAUCCGUCAAUCUCAGAUCAUCUUUACUCUUCAAAGUGACCCUUGGUAUGGACUGCUAGAUAUGAACAUUAAUUCCAAACGUACUAAGAAGUUUACCCUUCUAGAUGUUGUCAACAAGAAGAUCAAGUAUCUCCACGAUGGCAAUGAGAAGUAUGCCGAUCAGAUUCAGUUAGAGGUGGUUGCUCAUAGUAACAGUUACCUUCCAGAAUGUCUAAAAAAUCCCCGUCUGUAUGUCCUCCCAGUAGAGAUCAUACCUGUCAAUGACAUACCGCAACUAGGUGGAGGGGACAUUUCAAUCACAGAAAACGGACGCACUCGCUUGAAUCCCAACCUUAUCAAGAUUGUAGAUUCAGACACUCGGUGUGAUGAGUUGAUUGUCACUGUGACGUCCGAACCUCCCAGAGAAGUGGGCUACUUAGAAAAUUCUCUUCAACCAGGAAGAAUUAUCAAACAGUUCACAUGCAAGCAGUUGAAAGAUGGCAAUAUAUAUUUUGUUCACAGAGGUGGGAAUGCUGGGAUAACUCUGCAGGUAUCUGAUGGACAAUCCAUAAGUCAUUCGACCACCUUCAAACUGUCCGCUAUACAGCCCGAAAUGAGCCUGGUGACCAAUACCGGGCUUCUGUUGUCUCAGGGAAGCAACUCUUCCAUUGGGAUCCAGAACCUGGCUGUCCUUGCCACCCCUCGUAAUGGAGAUAUUGUGUAUAACAUUAAAAACACUCUGAGAUAUGGAGAAUUGCAAAUUCUCACCAGCAGUGGUUUGUAUAAACAAGUAACAUCUUUUCAUCAAUCAGAUUUAGAGCAAGAUCUCUUGAGAUACGUUAGCACAGAAUCAAGUGACCUGGAAGAUGUUGUAGCAGAUAAUAUUCAAUUUGAUGUCCAUCUUGGACAGUUAUCCAUUUGGAACAACACUUUCUUGAUUAAGAUCACACCCACUCAGGUUAAAAUGUCCCAAUUAUUUCCCCUUGAGAUUGAGGUUGGGGGAGAGCAAAAGGCAAUCAAACAAACUGAGCUGAAAGCAGAAGUGAUAGGAAAAAGUGUUCCCCCAGAAAAUAUAACAUACAUUCUCUUGAAGACCCCGAUGUUGGGGACUCUUCAGAUGCUUGGCAGGGAGUUAGUUGAGGGAGACAGUUUCACCCAACAGGACAUCUGGAAUUCCCAGGUCAGCUAUAGAGUCCGGGUUCGAAGGACUGUGGCUAGCGAGGACCAGUUUCAGUUUAAAGUCUUUGCAGAAAAUCAAUACUCCCCUGUGUACACCUACCCAAUCAUGAUCAAGGCUGAUUCAGAUGCCCCCGUUUUGACCAAUGACAGAAUGAUUGUCAUGGAGGGUGAAGAGAGUAUUCUGAAUAAAGACUAUUUAUGGGUUCAGACAUCCAGCUCAUCUGACUUCGUUUACAAAGUGACCCAAGACCCCAAGUAUGGCCGUCUCAUCAGGGACUCCCCACCUGGAGAGCCCAGAUUUGAUGGGGCCGUUAGAGUGUUCAGCAAUGAAGACCUGAAUCUAGAUAGACUGAUCUACCAGCAUGAUGGCUCCGAGUCCGGCAAUGAUGAGUUUUCUUUCCUGGCAUUUGAGCAAGCAGUAGGUAGUCAAAACAUCCAAACUGAUGGUCAUGAAUCAAUCAGCGGUGUGUUUAGAAUAUCUAUUCAAUCCAAGAACAAUCACGUGCCUCUCAGGGUGGUCGACAAAACCUUCAAUGUGGUCCGAAAUGGACAACGCUUGUUGACCACUGAAGACAUCCUUUUCAAGGACGAUGACUCUGGGUUCAACGAUACCCAGUUGGUGUUUGUACGUACCGGUAUUCUCUCAGGAAACAUUGUGUCCACCUCUGACCCCUCACAGUCCAUCUUCCGUUUCACCCAAGCCGACCUGAGAGACCGGAAUGUUCUCUUUGUGCACCAUGGAGCAGACCGUGAACGCUUCCAACUUCAGGUGUCUGAUGGCCUACACAAGACCACAGCCCUGCUGCAAAUCCAGGCUGGGGAAGCCUACCUCAGGGUAGCUAACAAUACCAUGGUUGUCAUGGACCAUGGAAGCACCAAGACUCUCAACACCAGUUUGUUGAGUGCAGAGUCUAAUAUGGAUAUCAGAGAUGAAAGGGAGAUUAGGUUUGAAGUGACAUCGCCACCUAGCGAUGGGAAGAUUAUUGUGAGUGGGAUCGAGGCAUCUUGGUUCACCCAGGAGGAUCUGAAAAAGGGAGUGGUGUCCUAUGAGCAUAUUGACAAGAGUAUGAGGUCCAAGGAUUCAUUUGGCUUCACUGUCAAAGCAAAAGGAUUUUCGGAUGAGGGCAUGUUUAGGAUUAAGAUAUUCAAGCAAGGCUACCGGUCUGAACCUGAGGUCUUCACCAAUGAGGUCAUCAUCUCCUAUGAGGGAGAGCACACUGUGAUCAACCAGGACCAUCUUAAGGUGGUGCAAGAUGAUAUCCUGCCUUCUGAGAUGGUUUACACCAUCAAGGAGCCACCUCUCCUCGGCCAUGUGGUCAUGCUGACCAACCAUUCAGACAGUACGGUGGCACCCGUCCUUAACUACAUCCAGUCUUUCACCCAGGAAGAUGUCAACAAGGGCCGGAUCCUCUACGUCUCUACCUCCAUCCAGGGCAGUGAUGCCUUUGUGGCCGACGUCAGCAAUGGGUUUACCGCUGUGGAGAGCCUGCAGAUAUCCGUGGACAUUGUGCCUCGCCUUAUUCCCGUUCAGGCCCAGAACUUCAGUGUGAGGGAGGGUGGCGAGAUGGCUCUCACCACGGAGCUCCUGAAUAUCUCUCACCCCUUCUACAGUUCAGCCAACGUAGACUUCAUUGUGGAGGAGCAGCCACAGUACGGGAACAUCCGUUAUCUGGAUGGGGACGACCAGGAGCUCAACAUCUUCACGUGGGAGGAGGUGAAACUUGGACACAUCUACUACCUCCAUGACAGCACGGAAAGCAUUGAGGACAGCUUCACGCUCUCCGCCUCGGCCUAUGAGAUACAACGCAGGAGCCUCCCUGUCACCUUUACUGUCACUGUCUUCCCAGUCAACGACGAGCCGCCUAAACUGACACACAAUACAGGACUGGAGGUUUUAGCUGGAGAGGAAUCAGACAUCACCACUAACAUGCUGAAUACAGAAGAUGCAGACACUGCUAAUGAAGAGUUGGUUUAUUCCAUUGAGUCACCUAUCAAUGGCAUGGUCGCUCUAAAGGUGGUUCCUGACGUAGAAAUCCAGAACUUCACACAGGCACAAAUUAACAACGGGGAAGUAAUCUUCAUCCACGAAGGUCUGGAAUCUGGAGGCUUCAGUUUCACUGUGACAGACGGAGAGCACACGUCUCCUCUUCACCGCUUUGUCGUCACGGCCAGACAGCUCACCAUCUCCAUGGACGAAACCGGGGAGGAACUUAUGGUCUUUCCAGGAACAAAACAAGCCAUUACCAGUGCUAUUCUUAAGGCUGUGACCAACGAGGAAGGAGAUGAAAUACGCUUCUCUUUAGUCAGACCUCCUCGUCUGGGGAGACUGAUCUUAGCUAAUGACAGGAACCAAUUUGAAGAGAUCACACACUUCUCUCAGUCAGAGCUGGAGUCUGGGGCCGUCUUCUACGAGCAUCAGAUGCCUGAGGAGCCCUUCUGGGUGGUGCGGGACUCAGUGAAGCUCCUGCUCUCCUCUCCUCCAGCCCCUGCCAUACAUCACAUCCUCCCCAUCACUGUGUCCUACGACGCAGCCAACCACAACGUCUCCUCACAGCUUUGGAAGAACAAAGGUCUGAACAUCAUCCAAGGUCAGAGGAAGGUCAUUGAUAGUUCCAUUCUGGAUGCAUCCAAUCUGCUAUUCAGUCUGCCUGAGUCGGAGCGAGGCAAACUGGACGUGAUCUUCGAGCUGGGCCACUUCCCAGCCCAUGGGCAGGUCACCCUAGGAGGCCAGGACUUGCCGCGGGAAGCCCCCUACUUCACACAGGAGAACAUAACCCAGGGUGAAUUAGAGUACCUCCAUGAUGACUCUGGAGACUCUAUGGACAGUUUUUCCUUCCGGGCCCGGGUCAACUAUCCGGGCAGCAGCACCCCUUCCCAAUCCCAUACGCAGGCCGUGGUCCUGGAGGAGGUCUUCAACAUCUCCAUCCGAAGAAGGGACUCUAGUCCACCAGAGCUGGUGAGUCUGGAUGUUCUUCUAGAAGUUCUCCAGGGCUCCAUGACAGUGAUCACUCAGAAAUUCUUGAACACCCACGACGAGGACAGCACCCCCGACGAAGUGCACUUCACCGUCUCCAAAGCACCUGCCAACGGGCGGCUGGUGGAUGCUACCACCGGUGCUCACAUCUCCACAUUCAGCCAGGAGGCAGUCAACCAGCACCAGGUGGGCUUCAUUAGUGAUGGGAGCCUGUCAGAAGGCUUCUUGGAGUUCACUGUUUCGGACGGCAAGCACCGCACUAAGCCUCACACACUCCAUAUAGGAGUUCUGGCCCGGGUACUGGUGCUGGCCAAAGCCCCAGAGAUCCAGGUGCUGCAGGGGGAUGACGAGACCCUGGUGACGGAGGAGAUGUUGAGGGUCACGACAGGCGGACCCAACAAGGAGGAAAUUCUCUACAAGAUCACCAGUGUGCCCAAGUACGCCGCCAUCAUGGUGGACCGGCAGCCCACCUCAGCCUUUACUCAGACCCAAAUCAGAGAGGGCCGGGUGAGUGUCCGCUUCAUCAAGUCCACCUCCCCUAGGGAUAGUGUGGCCUUUGUGGCCCGGAGCCGGGCAGCCAAUGUCUCCUCAGUUCUGAACAUCACAGUAAAGCCUCUAGUAAAAAUCCCCCAGGAUCCCCUGCUGCCACGCGGUGCCAUCGUACUACUGGACAAGAAAGUUCUCGACGCGACGCCACUGGCCAACAAGACACGGACCUCACCCUCCUUCAGUGUUAUUCAGCAACCACGUGGAGCCCGCUUCAUCCGGACCGGAGGGCGAGGGCCAGGAGCGGACGGCAGUCCUGUGGACACAUUCACUCAGAAAGAACUGGAUGAGGGCCGCGUGGCCAUGGAGAUCUUUAAUGGGACUGGGGGCAGCCAAGCCCUAGAUGAGGCUCGCUUCCUUCUCAAGGCCCACGGGGUCCCUCCCGCUGAAUGUGUUCUGCCUUUCAAAACAGCCCCGUACAACGCCUCAUGGGUCUACCCAGCCACCAUUCUCAAGGUCCCAGCCGAGGCUGAAAGGUCUGACCGCAAUGACCUCCCAGGAGGGGCAAGACGUCCAUAUUCAGAGAACAACAUAGAUUGGCCUCACGUAGGAGUUGACCCCACCACCUCCUCUGCCAACAAAAACUCGGAUAGGAAAUCAAUGGUUUCCAGGAGAAACAGUCUGUGGUCUAUUCUAAUCCCCAUCCUGGUUAUCCUGCUGCUUCUCCUGUUGGCAUCCAUCUUGGCUUUCUAUCUGGUGCGGCGUAACAAGACAGGCAAGCAUGACGUGCAGACCGUGGCAAGCACAAAGCCCAAAAAUGGAGAGGUCAGCCAGGAGACUUUCCGGAAAACCGACCCAGCGAGUAACAUCCCCAUGUCCCAAAUGGACUCCAAAGAUGCUGACCCGGAGUUGCUGCAGCAUUGUCGGACAACGAACCCGCCGUUAAAAAAGAACCAAUACUGGGUAUAAUAACUGACAGAAGGAUUACACAAAGAAAAUAGAGAGAGGUAGAUCCUUGACCAUUCUGAACACUGCCCUCUUCUUUAAUUAUUCCUUUUCAGUGUUAAGGACAUCUUUUUGACAAUAGUAUUAAGCAAUUUGUAUGUUUUGAUAGAAUUGGAAAAUUCACUAUCUUAAAUGUUGUGCCAAUCCUCAAGUCAAGAAACACUGAAUACUUUCAUUGACAAAAGAGUAACCAUUAAACUAAAGAGGGUUUUGCCUAUCCUGUAUAUUUAUUUUUAGGAAAUCUGCUGGAUGUCUAUGAUUUUCGUUUUUCACAGGGCACAAUGAGGACAUGAACACAUUCUGUUUGCAAAGUUUUUUGGUGUGUUCUUACAAAUAUAUUCACCAUGGUAUGGCCAAUAUUAUUCAUUUCAGUAUAUAAGCAGAUUGAGUUAAAGUUUUAUUGUUGCUGUAGUUAAUUGUAGAUUUGCUGAAACAGGAAAGGUGGACAGCUGUGUGUACAUAACUGAACUCGUCAAGAUCUAUGCUGUAUGAAGGAAAGACUGCCUUGAGUAGUUUUGUUUUAUUUUUUUUAUAAAUGAUAAAUCAUGUCAUUUUUUGUUUGCUUUGUUGUUAGGGCUGAAUUCAAUCGAAUUUGCAUAGCAUUUUUUAAACAGUCACAUAUAAUAUUUUUUAUGUUUUAGAACCAAAUCCAAAUGUAUUUGAGCAUAGCAUUCUAUUUGGACAUGAUACACAGUCAGGUGUUAUUGGCACCCUUAAUAUUGAUGAGCAGAAAGACAGUACAAAAUGAAUAAUACAAAUAGUGAGAUAUUCAUGCACUCCUAUUUGUUAUACUUGAGCACCCUUUGCUUGUGAGAAUAAAAACACUGAGCAUUUCUUUUUAAAUUAAGAGAUCUUUAACCAUUCCUCCCUAUAGAACCUUUCCAGAUCCUUCUUAUUCUUUCUAUUCUUAUUCUUUCUUAUCUGUAAUUUAUGUUUUACCUUUUUAAUUAAAAUAAUUAAUUUAGGGUUCAAGUCUGGAGACUAAAAAUGGUGAUUUGUGCUUUGGGGUUUUUUUGACAGCAGGAAGACCCUCAGGGCCAUUCAGGGGCAUCUGAUCCAAACAUAUCAUUUAUUUUUGUUUGUUUUGGGCUUUGCUUAGGAUCCCCCAGAGACUAGAGGUGGUAUUAGGCCUAUUUUCUGCAUAUGUUUCAGUUUUUCAAUGUCAAACCGACAGCUGGUUUUGUGGCCAAAGAGCUCUAUUUUAAAAUUAUUUGACCACACUGGAUUUUGCAGCAUAAAUAUAUCCUACAAGCACAUAUCAAAAUCCAAGACAUUCCAAUACAUCCUAUUACACUAUGCCCCAAACCGGGUGCCAAUAGUUGUGGGCAUGAGGGUAUAUAGCUAUCUUACUAUACAGGAUACUGCUUUGGCUUUCUGUAUGGUUCAAGUAACAGACAGUCACAGGUUAAUAACCCUUGAUGUGGGCAGUUUUGAUUGAAUUUGGCCCUAAAUCUUCAGCCAGCAUUUAAUCAUAUCAUAUAUCCUUUAGCCUUUCUAAAUGAUCAGUUUUGCUCAAAACUGAACCGCUUGCUUGGAUUCACUGGACUGACUUAUGGCACUGAAGACAAAAAAGCAAAGAAUACCAUUUCAAGACCACAGACAGGACAUGACUCACGAGUGCCUGUCUCAAAAUAAUCUUUAUUGGCUGACAGGCGGCGUUGAGGUCAUUUUAAAUCUGCCAGAGUGCUAUUAUCCAGUUCCACAAAAAAAGGUUUAAUCAAGGCUCCGAUUUCUGUUGGUGGACUUUAAAGAAUUAGUGUUAUAUCUAAGCUCCUCUAGUUGGAUCAUGGAGAAUGACAGAUUCUGAAGGGUAUUCUGCAGCUUGACCAGAAAUCUAUUUGUGUUGUCUUUCCAACUGCCAUGGUUGUAUUGACUUACGGAUUUCUCAAGGCUACAAAACAAAUCUUGGGCAAGGCUAGCUAAUUGAUGCUGCAAGGUAUGCUUACUUUUGAGACUUUAUGUCACACAUAUAUAGCAGUAUAUGUACAUUCCAUAAUAAGUUGAGCAGAUGAACAGUAUCAGAAUUUCAACAGUAUCAGAAUUUCAAGAAAUGCCAAAGGUACUAUGGUUGAAAUUGGCAUCAAGUCCUGGUAGUGUUGACAUUUUUAUCUAUAGACUUAAAACAAAUAAAAAUAGUAAUAAAGUAUAUCCUGUGGAAAAGCCUGUCAAAAUAAAAUAAAAAAUGAAGAUGGAUAUUGAUGGAAAAUAUACAGUAGUUUUAGGAAACCCCAUCCAAAUAAGUUUACAGCAUUUUUUAUGGUCUGAACUGCAGGGUGUUUUAAUUUUGUUUUGAUAUAGUUAUCAGAUGGACAUUACAUUAAAUAAAUUCCUACUGAUAAAUUAUAUUAACCUAAUUUCCUCUGUAAUUUCGAUUAAUACUGUUACCAUGCUUAAAAAUGUGUUGCUUUUAAGUUGAAUACGUUAUUGACUGUUAUGAUGUUAAUUGAAGAAUGAAUUAGUUAGACAAUAUUAGUUAGGAAAAGACAGUAUAAAGGAAAUAUAAAAGAAAUAAUAGAAAUAAUAGAAAUAUAUAUUCUCUUAUUGCCAAUAUAUUGCAGUAUUGUUUGGGAGGAAGGGUAGUAACGUUUCAAUACAGGUCUAACAUGAUAACACAUUUGGGUAACAGUUGUACAUUUCUUUACCUUUCAAAUUACUAUGUGCGUAAUAGUAUUAUAUAUUUUACAUUUUUCUUUGUUGAAACUUUAAGCUAUUGCAACUUGCAACAAUUUCCUUUUCAUAUAAUUUCUCUCUGCAGAGCAUUAUAUAACCAUAUGAUAAUGAUAUCAGAUACACCAUUCAGGAGAUAGCUCAGGAAAUGUCUGGAUUGUGUUACUUUUUACAGUAUUACUCCUGUUGUUUUCUUUCAGUAUAUUAAUUGAUUAUGUCUGUGCCUCAAUGGCUAUUUUGUAAAUGUUGUCUUUUAAAUACCUUUGCUUGUGCAUUCCUUGUUGAAACAUUUUAGACUUGUUUUCUAAAUGUGUAAUACUGUCAUGUUUUCUAUGAGCACUUUUAUGCAGUUCUCUCUUUCUCUGUAGAGUGUUGUUUUUGUGUAUGACCCCCAAAAUGUUUGUGCUUUUAUUUAUUUAUUUUUGAUCACUUCUGCCUACAGUUCUCAGACUUGGUGAUUUGGUUUGUCCAAGAUUUAUGUAGUAAAUGUAACAAACACACGUGCCUUAAAUUGUCACAAAAGUCCAAUCCCUAGACCAAUAAAGAGAGAUA